AUGGCGGCGGCGACGGCGACGGCGACGGUGCAAGCGCAGCCAGGACUCGACGCGCGCGAGUGGGACGAGGCGGCGUACCGGCGGGGCAUCCUGCGGGAGCGCGACCUCUCCUGCCGCACCCUCUUCCGCGCCGUCUUCUACGACCAGCGCGACGAACCCGACCCGGACGUCCUCCUCGCCGCCGCCUCCAGCGACGGAUCCCUCGCGUCCUUCUCGCUGUCCUCCUGCAUCGCCUCCUCCGCCUCCGCCCACGCCGCCCCACAGCUGGCUGCCGCCGCGCUGGUCGACCCCGUCUGCAUCGUCCAAGCGCACAGCGGCCCCGUCUACGACGCCAAGUUCUACAACGAUCCGAUUCAGCCGCUGCUCUUCAGCUGCGGGGAUGACGGCCACAUCCGGGGUUGGAGAUGGCACGAGAUGCAGAGCUGCCUUCUGCCACUCUCUCUGCAAGGGGAUCAUGUUGAACCAAUACUUGACUUGGUUAACCCUCAGCAUGAAGGCCCUUGGGGUGCACGGUCUCCAAUACCAGAAAAUAAUGCCAUUGCAAUUAGCAAACAGGAUGGAUCUCUUUUCGCGGCAGCGGGUGAUGCAUGUGCUUAUUGCUGGGAUGUGGAAAGUGGAAAGUGUAAAAUGACCUUUAAGGGGCAUACUGACUAUUUGCAUAGUAUCGCAGUUCGUGAGGCAAACCACCAGGUGGUAACUGGAUCAGAGGAUGGGACAGCCCGUAUCUGGGAUUGCAGAAGUGGGAAGUGUACGCAGACGAUACGUCCAGUACAGAACAAGAAAUUUGAGGGCUCGUGGGUCGGUUGCAUUGCCAUUGAUGCGAGUGAAAGUUGGCUGGCUUGUGGUACUUCUUGUGGUAUAUCAGUUUGGAGUCUUCUUUCAAAUGAGUGCAUCUUUAACGCAGAUUGUGGUGCUCCUGUUCAAGAUUUGUUGUUUGACAAAAAUCAAAUUUUAGCGGUUGGCGCUGAACCUGCGCUCUCCCGUUUCACGAUCAACGGGGUUGUUGUUUCGCAAAUAAAGUGCGCUCCUCCGUCGGCAUUUUCCGUCUCCAUGCAUUCAUCUGGGAUGGCAGCUGUUGCUGGGCAUGGAGGUCUGGUGGAUGUCAUCUCUGGAUUCGGGAGCCAUCUUUGCGCGUUUCGUUGCCGUGGCCUGGAUAGGUAA